AAACAUUCACCUCACUCGACCGCCACAAUGUCCUCCAAAGUCAUCCCCAUAACCUCCACCGCCCACUUCUCCCAAACCCUGCAAUCCUCCACCUACCUGAUCGUCGACUUCUACGCCGACUGGUGCGGUCCCUGCAAAGUCAUCUCCCCCGUCUUCGAACAACUCGCCGCACAAGAGUCCAAACCGGGCCGGAUCAUCUUCGCAAAAGUCAACGUCGACACCCAAGCCGAAGUCGCCAAAACAUUCAGCAUCUCCGCCAUGCCAACCUUCCUCGUCCUCCGCGGCUCCAAAGUCAUCGAAACCGUCCGCGGCGCCAACCCCUCCGCCCUCCGCUCCGCCAUCCUCUCUGCCGCCGCCGACGCCGCCAAAGCCCCCGCUCGCACAUCGCCCAUUUUCAGCAGUAAAGGGCAGACGCUAGGUGGAGCCGGCGCAACAUCACGACCCGCGCCCACGAGUGCGGCCUCGCUUCUUCCGAAUGUGAAUUUCUCGCAGCUCUUGUCGGCGCCGGGGAGUGUGGCACAAGGAAGAGGGUGGGUUGCGACGGUGGUGAGGUUUUUGGGGUUGUAUGUUACGACGAUGUUUAGUUUUGAUCCGAAUAAGACGGCGGAGGAGAGUCCGUUUGCGGUGAAGAGAUCGAAUGUUAAGUCGAGGUGA